AUGAAAAUUUGUGAGCCUUUGCAGAUUGAGUUGAUUUUCCAUAAAAACUCCAUAGCCAUGGACAGUGACUUAAAAGAGAAGCUGCUGAGUUCAGAAAAGGAAGAGUUGGGUGAGUUCAAAGGAAGCAUUUCAGAAGAAUCAAAGAAAAUAUGGAGGAUUGGUUUGCCACCUUUGCAGAUUGAGUUGAUUUUCCAUAAAAACUCCAUAGCCAUGGACAGUGACUUAAAAGAGAAGCUGCUGAGUUCAGAGAAGGAAGAGUUGGUAGUUGUUACUCAAUCAUUUAUUGGACACAUAAGUGCUGUUGAUCUUGCUGGCUAUGCACUCGUUCAAACCUUAAGCGUUCGAUUCGUAAAUGGAAUACUGUUAGGAAUGUCAAGUGCAACUGAAACUCUAUGCGGGCAAGCAUUUGGAGCAAAACAGUACCAUAUGAUGGGCAUUUUCUUGCAGAGAUCAUGGCUAGUGGAUCUCAUCACACUAACAAUCUUACUUCCCGUUUUUAUCUUAGCAACUCCAAUCUUUAAACUUCUUGGCGAGGAAGAAGCUAUAGCGAAAUCUGCUGGAUACAUUUCUCUGUGGUUCAUCCCAUUUGUUUACAGUCUCUUUUUUUCUUUAACGAUUCAAAUGUAUCUACAAGCACAACAAAAGAACAUGGUAAUUGCAUGGUUAUCCACUAUGCAAUUUGUAAGCCACAUUCCCUUGUCUUGGCUUUUUGUCUACAAACUCAAUUGGGGUGUUUCUGGCGCUAUGGGAGCACUCUGCAUAUCUUCGUGGUCUCUUGUCGUUGGAGAAUUUGUAUACAUCUUUGGCGGUUGGUGCCCCGAUACAUGGACGGGAUUCACUACAGCUGCAUUCAAGGACGUGUUGCCAGUGGUGAAAAUUUCAAUAUCUUCUGGUGUUAUGGUUUGCUUAGAGUUAUGGUACUCUGCCAUUCUGGUUUUACUAGCAGGAUACAUGCCAAAUGCAAAGGUUUACAUAUCUGCCUUUUCUAUUUGCCUUAAUAUCACUGCAUGGGAAUUAAUGAUUAGCUUUGGCAUGAUGGGUGCUGCAUGCGUUCGUGUUGCAAAUGAGCUCGGGAGAGGAGAUGCGAAGGCUGUAAAAUUUUCUAUUAAAGUUUUAACCAGUACUUCAGUAUUGAUAGGGCUAUUCUUUUGGAUUCUUUGCUUAGUAUUCGGAAAUAAAAUUGGGUACUUGUUCACGAAUGACGAAGAGGUUGCAAGUAGCGUUACCGAUCUUUCUAUACUACUUGCAUUCUCAGUGUUGCUCAAUAGCAUCUUUCCUAUAUUCUCGGGGGUGGCAAUUGGAGCAGGUUUACAAACAACUGUUGCAAUUAUUAAUGUUGUUUGCUUCUAUAUAAUUGGAAUACCAAUUGGAGCUUUACUUGGAUAUCUGACUCAUCUUCAAGUUAAGGGCAUAUGGAUUGGGAUGUUGUGUGGGGUGGUCGCAGAGACAUUUGCAUUAAGCUUCAUGACAUGGAGAACAAAUUGGGAUCAAGAGGUAUUUAAAUCUUCAUUGCGCCUCCAAAAGUGGUACUUAAAGUCUUCUGACGAAAUUAAUCUGAAGUCUGAGCUUGCUUGA